AAACAUAUAAAGAUAACACACCGUAUACAUAGUUAGACGGAGUACUAUUUCGUCGUACAAAUAAAUGACACGCAAUAGUGAAGAGCCAAUAAAAAACGAGGCGCAAAUACGUGUUUUUUUAUAAAUUAAGUGGUCAAACACAAAAACAUUUACUAGUUUAUUAUUUGUAACGGGUUGCUAAAUAGUGGUGUGUCUUAGCAGUGAGUGAUAACGUAAAAAUCGAAUGUUUUGAUGUCGCGAGGCAUGACCACGGCAUGACUUCCAUGCCCUGCGUACCUACGGAAGGGCGUGCGGUGCGAAUUACGUUUUACUAUGAAUGAUUUUAUCUCUUUCUAAACUCGAGUGUCUGUGAAUGACCGAGUGUAACAGCGAGCGUACCAAAUUAUGGAUUGAAAUAGUGUUUGUUGUUGAUGUAUUAUGAUUAUUUCGCAAAGAUAAGAUUUUUAACAUUAGUGUUAUCGUGUUAGUGAGGAAUCGGCACGGCUCUACCCACGGAAUAAAUUCUUAUGGUACUACUACGUCGGAUUCGUUACGCCGUUCGAUUUAUCAUAACGAGGUACUAUUUACGCACUAUAUGGUGAUUAUUGUAAGUAUUUUUAGUCGUGGCGCGUGUACGCCUCCGUCGACGGUGUUUUACUAUUCGUCGUUUAUUAGGGUGACUUUCAUCAUUGGUGUAAACAACUUCAAGGUUAUCGGUUGGCAUGUGCCAGAGUCGUUAGGUGCGGGACUGGGAUGCAGGAGUGAUGUCGGCGGCGGGAGGCGGGGGCGCGGGCGCCGUGGUGCGCCAAGGGCACCUGCGGAAGCUGAAGACGAUGAAGAAGAAGUACUUCGUGCUGCGCGCGGAGACGCCCGAGUGCUCCGCGAGGCUGGAGUACUACGAGUCGGAGAAGAAGUUUCGCGCGGGAGCUUCGCCGCGCCGCGUGCUGCCGCUCAAGAGCUGCUACAACAUCAUGCGGCGGCUGGACCUGAAGCAGAAGCACGUCAUAGCGCUGUUCACUAGGGAGGAGCAGUUCUGUAUCGUGGCGGAGAACGAGCAGGAGCUGCACGCGUGGCUCACCGCCAUCCUCAAGCAGCAUCGCACUGACGACGCCAGCGACGAGCUGCUCCAUCCGAUACAGCAUGUGUGGCAAGUAUACGUUCAGAAGAAAGGCUUGGGUGCGACGAAGAACAUCCAAGGCCUGUACAACUUGUGCCUCACGGACAAGACGCUGACCUUGGUGAAGAUCAAGAGUCACAAUAAUGUGAUCAGUGAUCUCGGUAUCCUGGAGAGAGUUGAAUACUCCCUGAAGAAUAUUCGGAGAUGUGGCGAUUCCGAGCGUUUCUUCUACAUGGAGGUUGGCAGGCAGACGACGACCGGCGCGGGAGAGCUGUGGAUGCACACUGACGACUCCAACAUCGCUCAGAGCAUGCACUCCACUAUAUACCAUGCCAUGCGCAACUGCGCUAAAGAGACUGAGAACGAGCGCGACCACAUCGUGCUGCCGAAGCAGGCGGACGCGCUGCCCGCGCGCCGACAGACCUACUCCGACGGACGCGGCCGCGCCGGGCUCAGCGAGGGGCUGUGCGUGGGCGCGUGCAUUAGGCAGUGCGUGUGCGCCAGCAACAGCGCGUCGCUGGACGAGCCGGCCGCGCCGCCGCCGCCCGCCAGCCUGCCCGCCGAAAACCAGAAUAACACACUAACAGAUAAAACAGAGAACACAGUAAGGGUAAUAAAACAUCACCGAACAGAGUCGUUGCCUACUGGAUACCCGCUAUUCCAAGAGCCGCUGAAGAUCUCGCACGGGCGGACGCGCUCGGAGCCCUUGACCGGCGACGAGGUAGACCGCGUGCUCGGGGAGAAGGGCGUGACCCACUCCUCGUGUAAGGCCAUCAAUGGGAUGGACUCCUCGCUGAAGAAGACGCAGUGGUCACGCCGCGCUAGCACGGGGACGCGCUUACAUAAACUGUCGCCGGCUCAUUCUAAGAACGCGGGUACGCUACGGAAUCGCUGUGACAGUAUGCCGUCGCGUGCUUGUUCCUCCUUCGAGGUGGAGAGGCCGCCACAGAGAUAUACGGAACUCGAAGGUUUGGAUGUAUCUCGGGAUGAAGCCGACUCGAUGGUUGAGUGGUACAGGACACCUCGAAUACCAGAAGAGCCGGAUAGCUGUGACAUUUCAAGAGACUUUAUGAGCGCGGUGCUAGGCUCAGGCUCGCUGGCGCACUCGCGCACGUCGUCGCUGGGCGAGGCGGGCUACCUGCCCAUGGCGCCCGGACACGAGCCGCUCGCCGGCCUCGUGUCCGCCUCCAGCGGCUCGCUGUGCAGCGGGACGCCCUCCACCGACCCACGGUUUAGUGAGUACCAGCUGGAGCCGGCCACGUCGCACAUCGCGGCGGAGAGCCGGCCGCCGCGCGCCUACAGCGUGGGGUCGCGGCCCGGGACCGCGCCCGCGCCCGAGCCCCGCCACCGCGCCUACAGCGUGGGCGCCCGCGCGCGCCCCCCGCGCCACCCGCCGCACCACGCCCACCGCGCGCCCACCACCGACCACAUGGAGAUCGACUUCUCCGCCAACUCGCCCGCCAACAGGGUGAUUGCUCGGACCCCUCCGACGGCCUGCUUCGUGGAGCCGAGGCCGAAGACAAAUGUCGACGAAUACGUCGACAUGUCACCGCGAAACGCCGGAUACGUAGAGAUGCGGCCCGGCUCCCCGCUGGCGCGCUCCCCGCCGCUGGCGGCCAUGACUCCGCUAGCCUCGCUGGGCGGGCUGGCGCCGCUCGGGCACCUGGCGCCCAUGAGCGCGCCCGUGCCCGGCCCCGCGGCCACGCCCGAGGGCUACGUGGAGAUGAACUACGGUCGCGCGGCCACGCGGCCCAUCGCCAUCGGCGCGGCGCGGCCCCCGCCGCCGCUGGCCGCGUCCCCGGACGAGCGCCGCCGCACGCCGCACGGCUCGCAGACGCUGUUCGACAUGUCGCUGGACUCGCCCGCCUCGCCGCAGGACGCGGACGCGGCCGACGCGCUGGACGACGAGGCGCCGCACCAGCCGCUGUCCACCGUGAGCGAGGCCAGCGAGGAGCCGGCCGCGCCGCGCGCGCCGCCCGCCGUGUCCGUGUCCCCGCAGUACGUGACGCUGGCGCGGCCCGAGCCCUGCGCGGAGGAGCUCUCCUGCAACCCCACCGCCACCAAGACGAUGGCCAGGGUGGCCGACCCCGUGGACACCAGAGGUCAGUACAGUGUAGGGCCGUGCACGUGCGGAGCGCGGGUCCCGGCGACACGUACUGACGUGUGGUGUUGCGCAGCGGAGGGCGCGGCCGCGCGGGUGCUGGCGGGCGGCGGCGCGGGCGCGGCGCGCUUCAGCGUGGAGGGCGGCGUGCACUACGCGGCGCUGGACCUGGAGCCGCGGCGCGCGGCGGCGGCGCCCGCCAUGCGCGCCUACACGCAGAUCGACUUCCUGCGCAGCGAGAAGCUGCACGCCGCCGACGCCACGUAGUCGCGGACGCGCCCCUGUGCCGGUACACUGUUUUGAACAAAUACUUUACGCACAAGCAUGUUUCAGUAGUCCGGAAGGCUGAUGUGAGAAGAGUAUGGAACUGUCGUUUGCUAAGAGUUUUGUAUUUAUUUGUGUAAUAUUGUAGCAUGACUUAAGGCGCUGUGCCGGCGAGGACGAUGUACGUCAGAUAAAGUGUUGAUGGAUAUGCACCUUCAAACGGCCCUCUCGCCUCCAUAACAAACCGUGCACUUUGAGGUUAACUAGUGCUCCCUUUCUUACUCCUAUUGCUUCACAAAUCUGUAUCAUUUCUUUUUCUUUUUUACAAUUCGGAAGAAUUAAGUUUGCAUUGUGGCAAAAAAAACUGUUAAAAAAAUGGACUUUACCCACUGCAUUACUACACUCCAAACGCUUUUGUGUUAAGUAUGUGAUUCUGAAAAAAGGGUUUUUUUUCCUUUACCUGACAAAUGUACCCGUCGGUCCUCUUCCCUCAAGUUACCUCAAAGCGUGCGUCUAACAAGCUUCCACUGUAUACAAACAAUUGACAUCAGCCUUUAUCUCAAAGAAACGGUUUGAUGGUAUACUGAGCGAUAUCCUUCACACUUAUUUCUUAGGCCGGUCUACACGGCGAAUACUUUACAGUACAUUGCGGAACAUGUACACGUCAAAGUAUGCGUCGCUGGAGGCGCGCCUGAAUCUUGUAUUAGACUCGAUGUCGCUUGCUUCUGUUACUAUAAAAUAGUACACACAUUUUGUUAUUAAUUUUAUUAUUAUUACAUUUUUAUUAUUAUUGUUAUGAGACUUCAGUGAUACGUUUGUCUAGCAAACAUAUAUAAAUAUAUGAUAUGACACUAAGAAAUUAUACUAAGUCUAACUCCAAAAGUUUUCACUAAAUUAAUUAAUACAUUAUCAUGUUACUUUAUUCAUUUGUAAUUAAAUAUUUAUUUCUUUAGAUCUUAGCAUAUUAUAUCUCUCUAGUACAAUCGCGGAAAAUCAUUAAGGUAUAAAGUAUGAAUAUUCGUGCACGGGAAUGUUUCAGCGACAUGUUGACGCGUUGGUUCCGUAGUGGACUUUUAAAAGGUGAUUUUUAUUGUAAUAAUUAUAAUGCCACGGUUGUGAAAGAGGCCUAACAAUAGUUGGUACAAUACACGAUUUAUGUUCCGGUGACAUACUGCCUACUGUGUUCUUAGAAUACUCUGUGCAAUUUUAAACACGAUAUAAAUGUUAUUUCUACACUGUUAUUGUUUGUUAUCUGCUAUUUGUGUUCCGUUCGUGGUUAACACUAGUUGGGAGCUGAAACAGAUUCUAUCGUGAAGUAUCGACGUUAAGUCUCCGGUUCUAUUUAGAUGACGCAUCAUUAGCGCAAGCUCGUGUCAUUAAAGCUGCGCUCAUAAUGUUAUCUGAAUUUUGCCUUAUUAUUAAAACAAAUUCAUAUUCAGAAAUCACAAAUUAUUUAAUUGUUAUAGUACGAUAAAAGAGUAUAUUCGUGUCAAUAUUACAUUAAUAUUUAUAGAGCAAAAUCAAUAAAAAAUAUUUAAUAGAGUAAUCCCGAACGGAACAUGUGUGGCUCGGUAAGUGAUCGCGCGCAACUAUCGCUUACCGAGCUAACAGUCAAGUUAGACAAUGAUAAUGAGGAGUUAUUCGAGCUUGCUGUUCGGGGAAUGUUUCUAAAACAAACUCUUUUAAUUUACUAUUUUCCUCUGCAUCAAAACAAAUCCAAUAACACAAACUAUAGUCUCCGUGACCCGACAACUUGCGGCCGGGCUGCUGGUAAUGCCCUCUAUGUAGUCAGUUACUGUUCCUCUUCGAAGAGCAAGCUCAUAUAACAUCAACGUAAAUUAUGUGUUCAAUACAAAUCUGUUUUUAUCUUAUAACUGCUGUUUAUAUCCGAGAAAUUAUUAUAGGAAUAUUUUUUAAUAAAAAAAGUUGACAUUUUAAACACAUAGGUGGAUAUUAUUAUUUAUUAUUAAUAAUUAUUUUCUACUUGUUCCGAGGCUUCGAUGCGAUGGAUUUUAAACAGACGUUGACAUUGGUUAUUUUGUUGACUAAAGUGUAUUAUUUAUGUUCAAGUUUUAUCUUUGUGUUUUUAUUUUAUCUUUAAUUAGUGUCCGAUCGUUUUGUUCCAAUGGCUUGUGUCAUAGAUAUUGAUAAAUUAAUAAAGUGAAUAUGGUGAACAGUUUUCCUAGUUCACAAGAGUUAGCCAGGAACAAAAAUAAACGGACAUUUUGCAUGUAAACAGAUAUUUGUUAUUAUUUUAAGUGAUUUUUAUUGUUCAUGUGUAUCAUAAUGCAACAUCGCGAAGCUUCGUGUACAAGUGAAGGCAAUGGGCACCGCGGCCGCGUUGUCGAGUAGAUGAAAUUGUAUCGUUAUUAUAAUACUGAUAGUUACAUGCGGACAUAUACAUUAUUAUAUAAUAUACAUAUAAGCGAUUGUUGUACAAUAGUUCAAUUUCCGUUAUGUUUUAAAAAUUAAGUGCAAUUAAAUGUAAUGAAGGUAGUGCGCUGAAAAAAGCUUUGGUCAAAAUAAUCCACUUUUGUAAUGACUCGUAAAAUAAACAUGCAUUUAGUUGGGGGUUUCGAUUUUCAGAAGUGAAUCUAAAUCUGGUAAUACUGGCUGGUGUUACCAGUUUUGAAAAUUAAUUGUUCACAUAUCGACAAGUGAAUAGAAAAAAUACAUUUUUCAAGAAAACUGAGAUGUCAAAUCCCUUUGAAGAAAAUAAUUAUUUCAAAGAGAAACUUUUUUCAGUGCACUUGUACAGCGCCUAUCGCGCGUAAGCGCGUAAACCUAUGACGGAAUAAAGCAGAAUGUUCUACAUUCCGACAUAAACAAUACGACUAGCCUCCUGUGUUCAAAUACCCUCAAACUUGUGAACUAGAAUACAAGUUUCAUUUGCCCGCGCUCGAUUUAUUAAAAAAGUAAUGGGACCUGUAUAAUAAUGCGUGACUGAGUCAACACCAAAUUUUUAUAUUAAAGUAAUGUUAUUUAUUCCCGUGUAAGCGAGGGAAAAGUCUUGUGACGAAUAACGUAAGACUUCUCUCUCUGAUUGUACUGUAAAAUGUAAGCUUUAAACGUAUGCCAGAUUACAGCACAAGUUCGUUUGUAUAGAGUAAUAGUCGUAUGUCGCUUAGGGGUCGAUACUCUUGUACACUGAGGGAGUUUUCUAAAUAGCCAAUUUAUAAAUACGUCCAUGCACUUUUGGUCGACUGAUAACACGAGUAGUUGAAUUUAAAUACGGCCUUCGAAGGUUACGGAACAUAAGGAUUGUAAAGAGAACUCCCGUCGCGCCUGUGACGGCCCAGACGACUGUAGUCCCGAUUCAUCGCUGUUAUCGACGUCAUCACGACUUGACGUGUGUAGUAUAGUACAAUUGGCAAGGCCACUGUUUUACAUUUUUGUAUUUUAAUAUUUUUUUAGGAUGAUUAACUUGCUCUCGACUAGAGAGCUCGUCUGUAGCGCUGGUUGAGGAUCGUAACGAACAUAUCUUAUGUGUUGACUUUAGUAAGUGUUCCAGGUAGCUUGUACUUUAGGCAUAUGAUCAUCUAGGCAGUUAAUUUUAAAUAGUGUUAGUGAUUUAUAAGAAAGUAAAUUUCAAAGUUUCCAGGUACACCCUGUAUUAAUUAAUAUCGGACUUUAAGUCAUAAAAAACCAUUGAAAAACUGAGGAACCCGUUCAAAAAUAUACCCAACCUAACCUAGACUAGAUAAUGUAAUGUCAGUUUUUGUUAUUUAAUAACAGACAUAUCCCCUUAUGAAAGUAAGUUCACAGCGAUACUCAACCAGCUAGUUUAGAUAAGCCAAUUCGCAGAUUGCUAGUGCCACCUCGCAGUUACGUAGUACCAUGUUUAGAUACAUAUUGUAACACUAAUAUAUAUUGUGUAUUAUAUUAUACAUUUACUUUUAUUCCACGUAGAGUAAGAAGUGUUGAGUUUAACGUAGGUGUAAGGAUAGACGGGUACGGACGGACGAUAGAUAGCGUUAUGUAGAAGAUUGGAUAGAAUCUCCUUUUAAAAUAUGCCAACAAUCCUCGACACCACAGAUAAAGCACAAAGAUUUUGGGCGUGUUCGGAAACUGAAAUUAGCGCUGUGAAGUUCAACGAAAAAAAAGUUAAAGUAAAUCCUUUUCUUUGCAGAAAAGUUAUUAUGUAAUAAUUAAUUUCAUCACAUAUGGCAAGGAUUAUAUUUCCUUAGGAUAAAUCUAGAAAAUAUUUCCUAAUGAACAUUGUUGUCAAUUGUACAAGUUGCUAAUGUUAGGUCCGCACGCAUGCCGCCUCUUUGCCGAUACGUAGAAAGGUCACAAAACAGAUGUACAGGAGAAUAUCAAACGCAGCAUAUUCUAAAAGGAGCUUUUGGCUACAUUUGCAUUGGUGAGACUUGUAUUAUGCGACAUCGAAAGCUAGUGUGAAUGCGGCCUUAUUUUAAUAUAUUUAUAAUUAUAAAAAAUAUACAAAAUGAUUUACCAAACUCCGUGUGUUACGUCAUGACAAGUGGAGUUGUUUUUAAGAAAUCUAUACUAGUC